GUGCACAGCCACUCACACUUCCACAUUUACAUGACUCUAUACGGAAGCAUAGACCAAAGUUUAUAGUGAGUCUGCAUUUCCAUAAAUCUUAAGGCUUUAUCUUAAAGACAUCAGAUAUGACAAUCAUAUUGUAUUACACCAGCGUGAGCAGUUCGUCUGAGAUGAGGAAAAAACAGCAAAGGAUCAUGGACUACCUGGAUUCCAAGAAGAUCCCCUACACAACAGUGGACAUCUCUCAGAGUGUGGAAGACAAGGAGGAAAUGAGAAAGAAGGCGGGGAACCCCACAGCUUUGCCCCCUCAACUAUUCAAUGGUGACACCUACUGUGGAGACUUUGAAAUGUUUGAAAAUGCCGUGGAGCUGGAGACCGAGGAAACCUUCUUCAAGCUCUAGAGAACAUGUUGACCUCCAACGACGGCCUCCGCAAUAUCCAGAAAAACCCAGAUACGAGGAAAGCUGCAAACAAUUUCCCCCCAAUUCCUUCUGUGACCGCUCAUAGAAACUUGCUCAGAAGUUGCCGUCGGCAUAAUAAUAACUGUACGUGAAUCUGUUGCUUUGUAUUUAAGAUUGCGGCACGUCUCGAGUACUCCCAUAUCUGAAUUAUGCCUAUACCGUGUAAAAGUUUGCUGGAUUUAUACGUUUAAACAAUUUGUACUGUAAUCAAUAAAUGUUUGAACACC